AUGACGGGCGGGCCCGGGCCCCACCUGUCAUUCUCAGGGGGGGCAAAUUAUGAAAGGGGAGGUAAGGGGUGGCAAAUUAUCAAAUUUGCCAUUACGUUGGGGUCCGAGUGGUCAGUGGUCAUAAACCCUUCUCCCUCCUCAGCCUCCUCUUUCCCCCUCUCGAAAGACUGCGCGGCCGCGAAGCCAAACCCUAGCCUCCGCCCCCCCUCGAAUCCGCAUCGUCUUCAGCGGGGAGGGAUGAGCAGGCGCUGGAGCAGGACGAUCUAUGUUGGCAACCUCCCUGGGGAUAUCCGGGAGAGGGAGGUGGAGGACCUCUUCUACAAGUAUGGCCGUAUUGUUGAUAUUGACCUGAAGGUUCCUCCAAGGCCGCCUGGCUAUGCUUUUGUUGAGUUUGAAGAUCCUCGUGACGCCGAAGAUGCCUGUGCUGGAAGGGAUGGGUACAACUUUGAUGGAAAUCGUCUAAGAGUGGAACCUGCUCAUGGUGGGAGAGGUAGUGGUGGCCCCUCUCAUGAUCGUUCUAGCAGCUUUGGUGGUGGUGGUGGUGGCGGCGGCGGUGGUGGACGCCGGGGUGUCUCCAGGCACACGGAUUACCGUGGUAUGGACCAUAUGCGAAGGGCUGGUGAUGUUUGUUUCGCAGAAGUGUAUCAUGAAGGCGGCGGCACCCUAGGAAUUGUUGACUACACAAACUAUGAUGAUAUGAAAUAUGCUAUAAAGAAACUGGAUGACACUGAAUUUAAGAAUGCAUUUUCUAAAGGUUAUAUAAGGGUGAAGGAAUAUGAUGGCAAAUGUGGGCGCUCCUACUCACGUAGCCGGAGCCCAAGUCGUAGCCGCAGCAAAAGCAGGAGCCCAAGCAAAUCUCCCAGGGCCCGCUCAGCAUCUAGGUCCAGAUCAAGGUCUCGUUCUUCCCGUUCUUGUUCAGCAUCAAAAGGACGUUCUCCAUCAAGUUGUUUGUGGAACUUUUUGCAGAUCACCAGCAAGAUCCAAAUCCCCAAUAGCUUCUCCGGCAAAUGGUGUAGUGGCAAGUCCAGCGGCAAGCCUGAAGAAACGCAGUCCAAGCAGGAGUCCAUCUCGGUCACGGUCACCUGA